GUCAAAGAACGCUCAGCUUGUGAGCCAGUGAACUAGCUCACAGGAGAACGAUAAGUUUGCUCUACACUUUGUAAAUGCCAAUACAAUCUUCGAUAACAUUGUAAACUAUACAAGUUAAAAGAAAAUUUCAAGAACAUUUAAUAAAAUGCCAGAAACAGUUGAAGAACAAUUACCCGAAGGCUGGGAGAAACGCACAAGUCGUUCAACUGGCAUGAGCUAUUUCCUUAACGUCCACACAAAGGAAUCGCAAUGGGAUACACCUACCGAACCAGCAAAGAAAUCCGCUGCCGCUGGCGAUGGUCCGGAUGAGGUGCAAUGCCUUCACUUGCUGGUCAAGCACAAGGGCAGUCGCCGCCCUAGCUCCUGGCGCGAAGAUAACAUAACACGCACAAAGGAAGAGGCGAACAUGCUGCUCGAAGUCUAUCGCACUAAGAUUAACAACAAUGAGGCCACAUUUGAGGAACUGGCGCGUUCCUACUCUGAUUGCAGCUCUGCCAAACGUGGCGGAGAUCUAGGAAGAUUUGGACGCGGUCAAAUGCAGCCGCCGUUCGAGAAAGCCGCAUUUGGAUUAAACGUUGGAGAACUUUCCGGCAUCGUGGAUACCGACUCCGGUCUGCAUAUUAUAUUACGUAAAUCAUAAACGCCAAACAUUUGUUAACACUUUUAUGCCUAUGCCUAUACAAAUAACUAAUUGAAAUAUACAUUACAUUACUGCAAUUAAACUCAUUAGCAAUAAAUCAAUU